UUGUUUGUUUUUGAGGGAGGCCUUGAGAAGCGAUGUAUAACUCGCGAUUUGAAGUGGGGAACUGCCGUUCCAUUAGCUGGCUACGAAGACAAGGAUAACGUGGCUUUUCACGGUGUAAUGUUCCCAUGUACCCAACUUGGAGCUCGUGAUAACUACACUAUAGUCAAUCACGUAUGCGCCACAGAGUAUCUAAACUACGAAGAUUCCAAAUUCAGCCUGGGUUGCUAUCUUUACAGCAAGUCUAGAAAUACCGGUGUAUUUGGUGACAGUGCGAAAGAGACUGGUAUUGAUGCAGAUGUGUGGAGGUUUUAUCUGCUCUAUAUGAGGCCAGAAUCACAAGACACCACGUUCAGUUGGGACGAUUUUGCCUUGAAAGUAAACUCCGAACUCCUAGCAAAUUUGGGUAACUUCAUCAAUCGUGCACUUUCAUUCCUUAGCAAUAAUUUUGGAGGCGUUGUACCCGAAAUGCAGCUCAAAGACGUCGAUGUGGAAUUGCUAGCGGGAAUUCAGUUAAUAUCUGCCCUUGUAUCACUUAAAAUGUUACAGGAAGAUUCCGUUGAGUGGGAUCACCAUAUGGAUUUUGUUCGCCAGAAAGAUGCUGUUCGUACAGUGUUGGCAAUGUCGAGACGUGGUAACCAAUAUAUGCAAUCUCAGCAACCUUGGGUACUUAUGAAAGGCAGUGAGGAGGACAAGUAGGU